AUGGUGAUGAUAAUCGCCGCCGCAGGCGUAGGGCUUGCGAUAGGCGCCCUUGCCUCGCCCCGACCGCUCGUGGCCUUUCUCUCCGCCAUGGCCAUCUACGUGGUCACUCUUCUUGUUGUGUUCUCUGCUCUUCAUAUCAGACUUGUCAGACGUCGCCGCAGAACAGUGAGCAGAGAACUGUCUUCUGUUAACCAACGUCGCACCCCAUUUGGUUACUGCGCGUUUAUGAUGGAUGAUGGCUUCUGCAACUUUGAUGGUUUCCACCGACGAUACUUGAUCUCUUCCGGUGAUACCAUGUCGGAGGAUCAUCUUGAAGAUUACGAAGCAGACCUGAAGGCACUGUGUGCUGCUGAGGGGACCAACCCAGGGGCAUACGACGUUUUCACCGUCACUCGUGCGCGCCGUGUUCACCAAUCACUCCUGACUACCCCUUACACGGCCUUUCUCAGCCUGGUCAGCAUCUUCCCGGCUCUAUUGACUCCGCCACCCAAGAUUGAUGGUGCUGAGCUCGCAUACCCUACCUGUAUCUACUCCAACGGGCCCGCGACUGGCUUCUUUGUCGGCCUGGCAGUGCACAUUCUCAAGCUCCUGGGCAGGAUACCCGAGAAUUCGAUGCACUUCAUCUACAUCGAGUCUUGGGCACGGAUCAGCACCUUGAGCCUCACGGGCAAACUCUUCUACCACACUGGCAUCGCGGACGUUUUGGUGCAGCACCAAGAAGUGGCUGAAAAGUAUGGACUUAGAAACUGUGGUGAGAUGGUCUUCAACGCUAGACGACCGGAUGUUUCAUCGACAGAUGAUAAGAUGAUGGGUUGA